GGGCAGCAGUGAUAGAAUAGUAAAGACUGGAACGGCUUCUUUCUGGCAUUUCAUAUUCCUGGCGUUCGUAGCUAUGGUGUCAGGGCAGGUGAUCCUCUCUGUCUACAUCGUCACCUUCUUGAUUGGCCUGCCAGCAAAUGCACUAGCCUUCUAUGCCUUCGUCAAGAAGCUUCGAGAGAAACCCACCCCUACUGACAUCCUCCUGCUGAACCUGACCAUCUCUGAUCUCCUGUUCCUGUUCUUUUUGCCCCUGAAGAUGUAUGAGGCGGCAUCAGAUAUGCACUGGUUUCUCCCAGGCUACCUGUGCCCCAUCACCACCUUCUUCUUCUUCUCCACCAUCUACACCAGCUCUGUCCUGCUGAUGGCCGUGAGUGUUGACCGCUAUCUGUGCGUGGCGUAUCCCGUCCAGUACAAGAUCCACCGCAAGGCUCUCUAUGGUAUCAUCUGCAGUGGCAUCAUCUGGAUCACCACGUCCACCCAUCUCUGCUUCAUCUACAUCGUGGACCACCUCACCAGGGGGGAAAGCCACAUCCAGGACUGCUACAACAAUUUCACCCAAUCUCAGCUGGAUGUGGUGCUGCCCAUGCGGCUGGAACUGUGCCUGGUCCUGUACGUCCUUCCGCUCUUCGUCUGCAUCUUCUGUUACACAAGGUUCAUCCUCAUCCUACAGAGAACCUCCAGUCUUAACGAGGGGAAGCGGCGGAGGGCGGUGGGCAUGGCCGUGGGCACGCUGCUGGUCUUUGUGCUGUGCUUCCUGCCCUACAACAUCACGCACAUUCAGGGAUUCAUCAUCCAGGAAGACGUGUCCUGGAGAUCUGAGGCCUUGCUCCUUGCCACAGUCAACACAAUCUUUGACCCCAUCACUUUUUAUUUCUCCUCAGCCUCUUUCCAAGGAAAUCUGAAGGGGCUUCUGAUCCACAAGCCUAAGACCAGUUACCCCGGGAUUGGGAUAACUAACGUCAGCACUAUUCAGAAUACAGUGAGGCAAGGUGAGCACACUGGAAACGCGCAGAACCAUCACGCAGGUGCAUCGCAAUGGCAACAGACAGGGGACUGGCCUCGUCAGGCCAUUUGA